CACAGCGGCUGGAUUUCUGUACACGGUCUGUGGCGACGAACCGCUCUGCAUGUUGCGCGUGUGAGUGUGUUCUCCUCUUAUGACACAUGUGUACUUGUGGCAGACUUUUUCGCCCGAUCGCGACUCUCUCCUAAAGCCGAAUUUUCGCCCGGACGCCGCCGACGAACACUGCGUGGACUGUAAACAAUCGGCUCUGAUAUGUGGUUGCUAAGGUUACAACGUCACAUGGAAAACCUGUAGACGCGACAUGAAGAAGAAAUCUUUGCUGCUUUCUUUUUGGAUAUUUUCGUUUACAGUCGUUUAUACGGAAUGCGUGAACGUACAUUUCGAAAACAAAGACGGAGGCUUCUUCCUGAAACAAUCCCCUCGUCAGCACUUUAUGCCUGCACCGGACUUAGGCGGCAGCUCCCCGCCGACAGGAUCCCCUUUAUCAACCGAUCGGUUCACCGUAUUCCAGAGCUCGCAACCCAUAUCUGUUCGAGCCACAUACGGCCCAUUCAGCACAAAACAAACCGUACCGGCGAGGUACGUCGUUCCCGACCCGCUACCCGUCAACACAACAGGUCCCGCCAUCGACCUGCAGGACCUCGCCACGCACCACCUCGACAUGUCUGCCCACAUCGUGCGUAACGAGAUCCCGCGCGACUCGCCCGUGUUGCGGGUGUUAUUCCACACCGGCACCGACCCCGGCGGCCGCCGCCAGCUCCUCCUGGCCCGCCACCACCAGCGCGUCUGUAUAGUCCUGCACGCCACGCUGGGCAGCCUGUCGCCGCUGCACGCCGCCUGCAGCCCCGACGGCGAGGACGGGGUGUGUCUGGCGCAAAUCACCGUUCCGUCGUCGUGGUGGCCGCCGCUGCCCGCCCCCGACAAGGACGGCCGGCCGGGGAAGAUAACCAAGACGCCACCGAGACUGGUUCAAGUGGCUUACUCGGUCAUGGAACCCCGGCCGGACGACGCGGAAGGAUGCCACCCCAAAAUGCAAAUACAGCCAUCGACCGUUCUGGGGAGCGUGCCGCUGGUGCCCCCGAAGGGUGCUUACAAGGAAUUGAAGCUGACGGAGGGGAUUAUGAUGCUGGUGCCGCACCCGCCGCUCUUCCCCAAGUCGAGGAUGCACGUGCCGGUGUUCAUUGAUAAGGAGAAGGCGAAGGUGUUGACGGCCAUUAUGAUAAGGGCGCGGGUGAAGAGCGGCGUGCGUCUGUUGGAGGCGGCGACCGCGGGGGAUCCGGCCUGGAACAUGACAGUGGAUAUCAACCUCCGGCAGACGGUGGCGUCCGUCACUCUGGUUCGAAGGGAGCCGCCGGAUUCGGAAGUUGUCGCCUCCGAAGGAGACGUUACGGAGCUAUUUACUUGGCUGAUCGAGCUGGGACAGGACGAUUCGGAGCCUUACGAGGGCCCGAGGAUCGUCUGGUCCGCCAAGUUUGAGCCGCACGAGGACGAAGCGGAAGGACGCAAGUCCACCACACGCUUCGACGUCCAGAAGGACGACAUCCAGGCCGUGGUCCCCAUCAGCAAGAACUGGGAAGUACUAAACACUGCGGUUUUAACUGGUCGCCAGGUCUCGCAGGCAAUGAAAGUUUUUAUCGUAUCUCAAGCAGGAAAAGCGGCCGAUGUCACGUUCCAGGCGUCGUGUCACUCGGAAGACGACAGUGUGUUAAAGGUCUCCUCAUCAUGUAGUUCGGUGUACGUAGACGGCAGCGAAGCCCGAGGUUCCGUAAACGGCUCAGUCCUGGUUAAAUACGGCACCUACAUCGGCUUAGCCCGCUUCACCGUCUGGAUGCCCGAAUUCGCCCUCGACCUUCAAGUCACCGACACCCGUCUCUCCCAAAUGAAGUCCUGGCGCGUCCCCGACUACCACCCCAGGUACACACCACCCAUUCCAAUCCAAAAAAAAGAGCGCGUUAUCCAACCCGUUUGUUUCAGCGGCACUAAAUCCCGCCGGAAAAAGCGCUCGUACAGCAGCAACUGGGGAGCCUCUAAUCCCACCGAUGACAUGGGCAAUGUGGUAGAAAAACCCAUGUGCCGCUUGAGAUAUCAGCAGAGUCCCGUGGACGUGUACGCCCGCUUCAUGGCGGUGGAUCAUGAUUCCGGAAGGAUAAGUUACUUGAUCAAUAGACGGACGUGGCUGAGGGUGACGGAUUUGGUUUUGCCGCUGUUGAGGGUUAGCGACCCCAGGAUCGCCAGUCUUCACGGGAGGAUCCUUCAAGGGCGCAGCUUGGGGCGCACGGAAGUGCAGGUCCUUUCUCCCAUUACGGGACGCGUUAUAGGAGCGAAGGAGAUAAGAGUGGGAAAUGACAAAGUCGGGCUGGCGCGACUUUUAGUGCAAGUCGUUUCGGGGUUACAGCUCAACAUUUCCCCAGACAGUUCCAUCGAAAAUGGGUACAUCGCUGAGACGAGUGUUACGAGGAAGCUGACGGCCCAGUAUCAGGAGGGUUUGUUGGAUAUCGAAAUGGAAUUUUCUGACGGCACUCGAACCCCUCUUCGCGAUAUAGCCGAUUCGGACUACCACUUGGUGGUGGAAAGCUUGGAUCCUGAAGUGGUUGCUUUCGCACCAAUGGUGGCCUCCCAUCACCCACGGGUGAUUGCCGUGGGUGAAGGUAAUGGAGACCUGCUCCAAGUCACUCUUUUGCUAGCCGAAGAAUGUAGAACUAGCACGAGACCCAAAAUUAAAGGGCCUGGGCCCUUGGCGACGGCGUCGGCUUCAGUUACCGUGGAUUUCAGCUCAAGCGACUUGCAACAUAGGCCUGAUAUUUUGCAGAACGACGGCGGCUCGUUCGGAGGUUCGAAAAGGGACUUCCAAGACCUUCAGGACAUCUUAAAAGGCACCCCCCUCAAAGACGACGACUCGCAAGAGCCCAACGUGCAAGCCCGGCAGUACCAAGGGGGCAAAGGCGUGAUCCGGCAGCACACCUCCCAGCACAUGACCCCUCUGGAAAUCAGCAUGUACGUCCUCCUCGGCACCUUCUGCUGCGCCAUCGUCGUGUUCGUGGUAUCCUGUGUGGUGUACGCCUCCAAGUUCAAAGCGGAAGAAGGCGGCAUCGCCACGGGGGUCCGCGCCGCCCCGGUGAACCCCGGCAGCCUGGUGGUUCACCGCGAAAACCGCAAACCCAGAGAGACCACCACCAACGCACACGACUGGGUCUGGCUGGGUCGGGCCACCCUCGACAGCUCCAACCGAAACUCCGCCGCCACCAACCCGAACGCAAGCGAAAUGAGGAUCACCACGAACCCGCUCAAUUUGAAUUAUUGUGAUCCCGACGACUGUCUAGCAACGAGUUUUAGCAAUCCUAGUCAUAUCGAACUGCCAAGUUCGUCGCAAGCUGAUAUCAACUCGAACAGGCCGAUUGACACUAGUACGUACUGCAAAAGCAAGAGUACUGCCGCCACCGCCGGGAGCAGCAACGACAAUGACGAUUUGCAAAUAUGGAAUAAGCCGACGCCGCCGCCGCCGCUGCCGCCGCACGGGGUGCCCCUGCAGCCCAAGCCCCCGCAGACCGUGGAGGACUACCGGCCCCCGGUGCCGCCGCAUCGCAAUAUCGGAGUGACCACGUCGCUGGAAGCCACGCCGCCUCGGAAGCAUCACCACCACCACCAUCACAGGAACAGCAAACACCAAGACAACAAGCAUCACCAUAGGACGGCUAGCGACUACGGGUGGAGCAUCAAUCCUCAAGACGAAGACAUCGUCAUGGCCGCGAGUCAGGAACCCAUGAAGAGCGUUUUCGAAUUCGACGACGAACCUCCCAAAGAAGAGAAGAAGGAAGAAGUGAAAAUGAGAAGUAAACCUCCGAAGAACGACGAGGAGAACGUGCAGUUCGUGCAGUACCCGAAGUCGCCGAAUUCCAACGGGAACGGGAGAAGUAGCGCGGAGGUGAAACGCGCCACCAUCGUCGGAAACCCAAUGUUCAGCAGCUCGGAGACGGCGACGGCGCCCCCCGCCGACUUGCCCGGUCUGGACGACCUCCAGCUCGACAUGGACUACGACCAAAUCAUGCACUAUUUUGAUAAUUUGAAGGAAUCAAACGCCUGAGUAGAAGAGAUCAUUGCAAAAAUCCGAGACAUUUUAUUGUCGUUCAGCGAACAAUACCGAGCUAGCGCACUCAACGGAAACAUCAGUCCGAACCACGUGGUGAAUAUUAACCAAAGUUUCGAUUACUUCUUUGACCAUCUGAGUGAGUCGUACGCUUAAACACACACCUCGAUUAGGGUCAAUUAAGAAUAGAAAGCCUUCGCCUUCUUCUUAUAUCAAUUGUAUACCCGUACUAUAAUAAUACAUGCAAUCUGCAAGACUGAAUUAUAUAGCUUGUUAUUUAGUUGUUUAAAGGUGGUUGUGGCCUAAAUACUAUGAUUUUUUCAACAGAUUCGGAACGUUCAGCAAAUUUAAUAACUCAGACAGUUUGACUUUUAGGCCACAACAGGUUGUCCUUAUGACACUAUUUAAUAUAUAAAUAAUAGACAUGUUAUAACUAUUCAUGUGUAGGUUAUGAUUAUGACCUUAGAGUAUUAAAGACGGCGACAUGCAGUGUGCGCAUGCGCCGGGUACUAUUCAACCGCAAUAUUGUAUUAAAGGGGUACAACAUCGAAACGACUAAUGAAAUGUUUAGAGGAGGUUUGCAGUGAUCUGAAAUGUAAUAAUCUAGUCAAAACCGUUUAGCUUUAUUUAAAGUAUUUUAUACAACGUAUGAAACAAUUGCCAUACUUAAGUGUAAGCGUUAAAUAGAUGCACAAAUAUGGUUCCUGACGUUGCGUUCUUGUAUUGAAUUUCUGAAGAACCUUGAUUUCGUUUCGUUCUUAUAGAAAAGUGCGGUAGAGGCGAUUAGAGCGCCACCUAGAGCACGCCCUUUUCAUUUUAAUUCUAUAAUUUAAUUACGAUUAGAAUUGUGUACAGUUUUGUAUAAUUGUGUAAAUAGUAGAUUGUAUAUUGCCCUGACUGAAGCUAAAAGGGGGUUAUUAUUUAUGUUGGUAGUAUUAUACGUUCGAAAUGGAGUAUGUUGCUGGAUUUUUUCAUGCAUGGAUACUCGUCUGUUUUCGUGUAAAUAAUAGACUGCUUAAGAGAGUAUAAGUAAGCUUAGAUGAUCAUCAGUUCUAGUCCACCUCUAAUAAACGCAAAAUUUUCAAUGUUUAGGAGUAUGCUUUCAGACUUUUAGACCUCUAGCACUAUCGCAGAGCUUGUAGUGAACUACACGUUUCCAGUUUUCGUACGGGUGCUCACGUUGUUUUGAGAUCUUCCUCCAUGACACUUCAGUAUUAAUAAACGCUCUUGUUCAAAUCGAUUUUGUGUUCAAUACUCUACAAAAAGUGAAUAUUCUGUUUGCUUAUGAAUGUAUAUAACAAAAAAAAUAUCAUUGUUAAUGGAUAUAAAAUGUUAGAACUUCCCCUUGAGAAUAUUGUGCUUUCAAAUACAAAUUAAAUGUUACAUUGUAUGUAGUUACAAAAUAUAUUCGAUUUUAGUGCGUUUUAUACAUAACAUUCCCUCCUGCGCUAGAGCUUGUUUUAGGAUAGAAUUUUGUAUAAAACUGACUUGAUUUCUUUUAACUGAACCAAAGCAAAGAUGGAUUUAACGAGGCGUGAUUUGUGUGAUCGACAUAUCAGAAAUUGUUUGUCCAACUUUCCAAUUUGAUUUCACAAGAGCGGUCUCUAAUGAGAUAUUUUUGGUUAGUUGUUAAGCAGAAAUGUAUGUCAUCCAUAUAACUGAUAACUUGGUGUAAAUCGAGACAACUGAUAUAUGUACAAGUACAAUAUGUAAGUUACCAUACAAAUCAGUAAAAUAAAAGUAUUUGUAACUGUA